CUGAUGGCUGGGAAUAAAGGACGUGGACGUGCAGCUUAUACCUUUAAUAUUGAGGCAGUUGGAUUUGGCAGAGGUGAAAAGUUACCUGAUGUAGUAUUGAAACCACCCCCGCUAUUUCCCGAUACAGAUUAUAAACCAGUGCCACUGAAAGCAGGAGAGGGUGAAGAUUACAUGCUGGCCUUGAAACAGGAGUUGAGAGAAACUAUGAAAAGAAUGCCUUAUUAUAUAGAAACACCCGAAGAAAAACAAGAUAUUGAAAGAUAUAGUAAAAUAUAUAUGAAGGUGUACAAAGAGGAGUGGAUACCAGAUUGGAGAAGACUCCCAAGAGGAAUGAUGCCAAGGAAGAAGUGCAAAAAAGGCCCCAAAUCUGAAAAGGCGAAAGAUACAGGGAAAGGCGCUUCGCUCACUAAUACUGCAGAUGUGUUGAAAAAAAUUGAGGAAUUGGAAAAGAGAGGUGAUGGUGAAAAAUCAGAUGAGGAAAAUGAAGAGAAAGAAGGAAGCAAAGAGAAAAGUAAAGAAGGUGAUGAUGAGGAGGACGAUGAUGCUGCAGAACAAGAGGAAUAUGAUGAAGAAGAGCAAGAAGAGGAAAAUGACUACAUUAAUUCAUACUUUGAAGAUGGAGAUGAUUUUGGUGCAGACAGUGACGACAACAUGGAUGAAGCAACCUAUUAAGCUAUGAAACUUCUCCAAAUAUAUCUUUCUGCUGAUACCACUUCUGAACAUUUGGACAGCCUUGUUUUCUAUUUCUGAUAUUUUUGUUCUUGUUUUGUUGGACAAAUAUUUGCUGUCAAAAUACUCAGAACCACUUAGAGUUUACAUACUGGUUAUCUUACCCAUUAGUC